UCCCCGACAUUCAGUACCCGCAGACAUGAAUUUGACUCUUGCACUGUCUUACAUGAUCGCGAUCAUGUGGCUAUUCUGUGGAAGAUGUAAAGCAGCCCCUGGAUUAAUCAGUGGCGUCCAUCGCAAUUUAGGAAAUCAUCCACAUAUCCGCGGGUACGCCGUAGAAGGCCUCGUGAAGGAUCUCGUAGAGGAUCUCGUCGGCGAAGACGAGGAUAAUCUACGACUCAGCAAACGCCAGCAGCUGGACGAUUACGGUCACAUGAGAUUCGGCAAGCGGUCCAAUGGUGACGACGAAGAGUAUGGGCAUUUGCGACUUGGCAGAAAUGUUGAAUAAAACAUCAUCAUGCCGGGUUUCUCUAUUAGAUAGUAAUCGUUCACACUCGUGUGCUAGAUGUAGAUAGAAUAUAUUUUACAUUGCAGCUAUUGCACGAUCGUAUCACGUUAUUCUACCUUCUCCAGUUUCUUCAUCUUCGUUCUUUAUACUGUGAAUUUAAUCUGCGCUUUUCAAAAAUACGCUGACAAGUUCAUUAUCUCGAAUUUAUAAUUUUAUAACUCUACUAUAUUUCCUUCGAA